ACUGGAAAUUGCACAAGAAACAGGGCCAUGUAACAUAUUUCUAUUUCCAGGGUUGGACAAAGCCGAAUGCGUUUCAUGUUUGUAUCACUUCGUACAAACUUGUUGUUCAAGAUCAUCAAUCAUUUCGCAGGAAGAAAUGGAAGUACUUGAUCUUAGAUGAGGUAGGUUUUCUACUAGAAAAUUUUGAAAAAUCUUAUGAUUAUCGUCUAGAAAAUUAUCACAAUAUUCGAUGCUGCAAUGCUGUCACCAUGUUUCUAGCCAGUGUGCUUACGAGAGGCAUUCACCCCCCUGAAAAUAUUCAAACUGGUGGACGUUCAGGGGGGAGUGAAUGGCUCUUGCAAGCGCACUGGCUAGGAACAUUGCGAGUGAAUUUUGAUGGCGAACCGCUGAACAGUCAUGUGACCGUCACAUGUUCGCUUCGAAUUUAUUAGUGUUCCGAAAAUCCGAAUUACUCCGAACAGUAAAUGGAGCAGCCUGCGUGCCUACUUGCAUCGAUUACCUCCGCAAAAGCCAAACUACAGGCAUGAUGUAUAAGCUUUAUACAAUAGAACAAAGGUAAAGCUGGGAGUUACACGAGCAACAAAAUUGCUGCAACUUGCAACAAAAUCUGAUUUCAACGCAUGUUAAUUGAAAAUGUUUACACAGAAAUUACAAAUCACAAGGCAACAUGUGUCGACAUUUCUACUUAACAUGCGUUGAAAUCAGAUUUCGUUGCAAGUUGCAGCAAUUUUGUUGCUCAUGUAACUCCAGCUUAAACAAGAAUUUGAGCUAUGUGAUUCUAUUGUUUGUCGUAAUCCCUAGGCUCAGAACAUCAAGAAUUUCAAAUCUCAACGCUGGCAGUACCUGCUCAACUUCAACACUGAACGUCGCCUCUUGCUGACUGGCACCCCACUGCAGAACAACUUGAUGGAACUGUGGUCUCUUAUGCAUUUCCUGAUGCCUCAUCUCUUUGAAUCGCAUAAAGAUUUCAAAGAUUGGUUCUCAAACCCACUGUCUGGUAUGAUCGAGGGAAGCAGCGAGUACAAUGAAAAUCUUGUGAAACGACUGCAUAAGGUGAAUUGUGGGUUUAUCUCGUAGAACUUAUUCAGUAAAUCGGCCAGGGGUGGAAAAAGUAUCGGAACCUGGGAACUUAAUUCCCAGAAAUUUUUUUGAGUUGAGAGUUUUGCAGAAAAUUUUCCAGAAAUAUUUCAACAUUUUGAGAUAACUCUGUUUACUCAACUUACAAGUUACGACUAUUCUACUUUGUUUACACUGUACACGCAAUAUACAGAAAUUAAUUCUUUUACCCACCCCUGCCAUCACAAUGAGGUAAAAUGGUAAAUAUAUGCUCUGCAAAGUCUCCAAUAAAAUGCAAAUUAAAUAGUAAACAAAUAAAAGUGAUGGAAUAAAUAAGAUGAUUAAGCAUUUUAUCUAUAAGAUGAUUAAGCAUGUUAAGCAUUAGAUCCCUACUAGUUGGUCAUAACUCAUAACUGUGGUAUAUAACAGACAACUAUUGCGAUGUACUAGCAUACGAAAACCAGCCUGAAGCCUAUUAUUACUAAAGUACAAAUAAUACAAUAAUUAUGCAUUUGUUUUGUUAUUUUUGUAAUUGAAACAUUACAAAUUUUACAGAAAAUGUCUAGCCUUCGACUCAGGUUCCCAGAAAGAAAAUUUUUUUUUCCACCCCUGGUAAUUCCAUGGCUGUUUUGUAUCGUACGCAAUUGAAAUGUGGCUCAUUCGUUGUUUUGUUUGAUUGAAAUUCAGGUGUUAAGACCGUUCUUACUGCGACGUUUAAAAUCUGAAGUGGAAAAACAAAUGCCGCAGAAAUACGAACAUGUCAUCAGAUGCAGACUGUCUAAACGUCAGCGUGUCCUGUAUGAUGACUUCAUGUCGCAAACAAGGUAAAGCUCUUAAGCUUCGGAUACACGAGUAAUAUUUUUGCUGCGAAAAUAUCAAAAUUUUCAACUUGAAAAAAUUUUUUUCAGACGGAAAAUUUGUGUCCGGCCAAUCGCAUUUUACAAAUUUUUUUUCUGCGGAAAAUGUUCCUGAAUGGAAAUGGGCCUUUUGUCCAGUGGGCUUUAAUGGGCUGUUAACCGCUAUUUUACGGAGUCACAGAGUAGAUAAGACAUACAGAGACGUAACUGACCGUUGUAAACACUGCGGAAGAUUACGUUAUCAUGUACCCACUUUUUUUCAGGCGAUCGGGCGAAAAAUGAUCAACUGCGCGUGCUCAGCAAGUUUAAAGUGAGUCGUCAUCAGGUCGUCAUCCAAUCAGAUGCAUACAUCUAGUGACUUGCCGAGCAUGCGCACAAAAAAAGUGGGUACACUAGUUACGUCUCUGUAUGUCUCUACUCUGUGACAGAGUUAAAUAAAAGUUAACUUCAAAAUACGCGAUAUUGAUUGGUCAACUUUUUAACUAGCUACCAGGCCCCUGGUGUCUACAUACGCGCCUUUCCAUUCCUUGCUGUUGCUUUUGUUUCUACGUGAAAAGAUUAUGUAUUAGGAACAUUGGCUAUUCUGUUGAGGCUUUGGAUUGAAGGACUUCUAUUUCUUCAAGUCAUGUCAGAUAGCCAGAGAACAAAAUGCUCCUUAAAACCUAUUAGAAAACUUUCCUAUAGUUCUAAUGGAUCCUGUCAGGGGCAACAUGUAAACUCUUAAAGAGACAGAUUACAAUUCUAUUAACAAGUUAUAUGUCCACAAUUGUUGGUUUAAUUUUUCGUUUGUUCGAGCUAGUUGGGACUAAGCCGUAUGUAAAGAUUGAAAAUAAUAAAUAAAUAUAACAAUGCCAACUUUUUUGUCUUCGUGAACAGGACGAAAGAGACUCUUGAAAGUGGACAUUUACUGAGCGUAAUCAACAUUUUGAUGCAGUUAAGAAAGGUAACAAAUUCUAUAUAUAAAAACUAAGCUACCUGGAUAGCUUGAUCAGUCCUAAACUGUUCUCCCUAGAACCUUUGUAAAUCAUUAUCUUUAGUUUCAAACUUGAUUUAUAUCAAGCUAAAAUAGAGCGUUCUUUCUUAUUCAGGUGUGUAACCAUCCUGAUCUAUUUGAACCUCGUCCGACACUGACCUCAUUAAAGAUGACCGGUGUAGUCUACACUACAGCUUCGCUUGUUCUCACAGCUUUAGAUCAAAACCCUCUAAACACCAUCAACUUUCACACUAUGAACCUAAUACUUACUCAACUUGAGUUUUCCUUGAGUGCCUUUGCGAGGCACCGUGUUAGACAACUACAGACACCGCAAGCUUUGAUUACCGAAAUCGAUAACUAUACCCCGCCUGAAACACCCUUGUUGUUUCCUGUGAGAUCUGAACUGAAUACACAAUCACAUAAUGGACAUGUGUUAAACCACGCUAAGCCCAACGGACCUGUUAGUUUUCAGAGGCCAUCAUGGGCUGCUACCUCCGAGGAACACAAAGACAGCACACCCAUCUACCCAGAGGCUGAGACCCUUUGCCCCGGGUACGCGGGCCAGAGGUAUACACCCCCUUCAGAACAGGACUAUUACAACGCCUUUAACUCCACCGAGAACACGACUAAUACAUACACCACUGUUGGCUCUUCGAUGUUCGGUGAAAUACGGGAUAGCGGAUUUUCGACCCCACUAGGGCAAGUUACCGGGGAAGUGAAACCGGUGGGUAGUUUACCGUAUAAUAGCAGGACUUUAUUAAAAGCCUCGCGAACGUUGAACACCAGUGAGGUUCGAGCGUAUGGGAGUAUGAAUGGCCACGUUGGUGUGAACUCGGCUGCCAUGUUGGAACAGAAGAAAUUGCUGACGGAGAAAGCAACUGAAGGAACUCCGAACAAGGCACUCAGUUUGAGCUCUUCGCCUCUUACAUUGGUAAGUUGUACUUGAUAGUUACUGAAUUAAUAGUUUGGCAUCACCUUGCCAAAGGUGGGGGGGAAUACUGCCCCCCCCCCCCAAAAAAAAGGAAGAUCGUUAGAAAUACAAAUUUCACUCAAACGGGGAAAGGUCUAUUGUCUACGAUUGUACUAACUUCCAGACGAAGGAACUACGCUCGAAACGUGAAGUUUGUUCUUAUUUUUCUUGAAGUUCCAUCAUACAUGCAUUCCUGACUGAACCCCUCCCCUCUCAAAACUUUCGUUGGAGCAUUCCCAUGGGCCUUUGCGUCUUAUUAUUCCAACCCGCAAACGCCUGCAAAUCAGGGACUGUAGAAGAGUCUGGUAUUCUUCACCGUGCUUACACUGGCACCCGACGUUCAGCAAGUUACCCCUCUAGCCUUUGUUGUGGCAGGCGUUUAUAAUGCGGGCUUGCCCCGCCUUGCAGCACUCCCGCCCACUCAGGCUAUUCCCGAAUAUUUCCUACGUCACUGGUGGAAGUUUUUUGUAGGUGGAAGUAAAACUGUACAAAAGUAGUAUAUAUGAAUUCUAAUCAUAUGGGUUAAAAUGUAAUUUUGAAACGAACUUUUGCUGUGAUGAGUUGCUUUCGGUCCGUGUUUCUGACAUUUUAGUUUGACGAUUUGAAAGCUCUGAGCAAAAAGAUACAAUGUUACUCCCCCCCAUAAAUAAACUAUAUUUAAAAGGGAAAACAACCAUUGCUAAUAAUGCUCUUUCCAUUACAGCCACGCCUUGAGGAGAAACGUUUCCAUGCACGCCAACAUAAACUACGUUUCCUCGCUGCCGUGAACGAACGAAGAUGUAUGGCUCAGCCUGUGUAUGGUCAAGAUCUUGUGCAAUCUGUGACCGUUCUAAGAAAUCCCUUGGAACGAACUUGGAGUAAGAUUUCCAGUCAUAGACCUUCUAUAUGUGAAACUCUUCAAAGCAUGACCAAGUCUCCGCAAGAACGUAUCGAUGAGAUGCACGAGACUGUUAAAAGGUGAGCUGGUUUAUCUCCAUAUUAACAAGAACAUGAUAUUUUUUUCUGUGUUGGUGUAAUGUACUCAGGUGAAUAUGAUGCUUGUGAUGUUACUCUGAGUGUAUAUCCACAAGCAUCAUAUUCAUUAUUCACCUGAGUACAUUACACCAACACAGAAAAAAAAAUCAUGAUUACUAUAUUACAUUGAUAUCGAAGGAACUAGACUCGGUUCCGAAAUAUCACAUACUCGAACAGACCUGACCGCGUAGCUCAGUUGGAAGAGCAAUGGGCUAGUAUUCCAAAGGUCGUAGGUUUGAUUCCCACCGUGGCCAGGCAUAUUUUUCAAGCUUGCCCGGUGUGGAUAUACACUCAGAGUAACAUCACAAGCAUCAUUAACAAGAACUAUUUAAAUUGUGAUUACUUACCUCGAGUUGUUCCGAAUCCUUUAGUACAACCCUAUAUACUGUCGUCCAGUAACUCGUGAUAAUCUCACAGCUUGCCAACAAGAUGUGUUCGCACUGCUUGUGUCCAGUUGUUGACAAGUCUGGAACAAGUUGUUAUCAUCUUGUAACAAGGUCUCUUUUUCAUUCUUGCGAGGUUGUUUUUCAUUCUGCCGUGAUGAUUUGCUUUCGGUCUGUGUUUCUGAUAUUUUGUGACGAUUUGAAAGCUCUGAGCAGAAAUAACAGUGAAGUGUCUGGACGUCUAAAUAGAACAGAUUAGAACUGAUAAAGCUCUCGAGUACAAGUAAAGUUUAGUUUAGGUUUCCUUCUGUGGGAACUGGGAACACCUAACCAUUCUCGAGUAUAAAUAAAGUUUACAUGUAGUUUAGGUGUCUUCCUUGAGGGAUGACUCUUACUGGACCUUUAAAACUGAUAUCCAGUAUAAAGUUAGUUUAGUUCAUAUAUCCUCCUUCAUGUAGCAACACAGUCACUAAACCAACAAGGGAUGGUCCUUACUAUACCUCUAGAAAGAACAGUUUUGGUAGAGCCAUGCAGUAUAUGAAUAAAGUUUCAGACGUGCAUGGCUCUGGCUUGGUGACGUUCUCUACAGACAUUUCCUGAGUUUAUUUCAAUUUUCAUUUCUUCUUCCGUUAGGUUUGUGUUUGCAAUCCCGUCCGUAACAUCCCAACGUAUCCACAUGCAUACCUGUCAUCCCCCACCAUCCUACCUCGCAAGACAGAAACGGAUCGAGGAACGUUUACAAUCUGAACUCUCUGACAAGCUGGAGAUAUUACAUCCGAUCAUUCGAGGCCAAUUGCUACAGUUCCCCGAAGUACGACUGAUACAAUACGACUGUGGUAAGGGACAACUAUUUUGACUUCGUAUCAGCAGACACCGUAGUCAGUUCUGACGUUAACAAAAUAACGGCUGGUCAACGGACAAUGCCCGGCCAAAAAUGCCUCCUGACCGGUCACUUUUUUACCUCACCGGUCAUUUUGACCGGCCACAUUUUCAUGCCUUCCAAUGUGAUUGCCGACGUCUUGAAUUAAAACAUGAAACUAUGAUGUAUCGAAACAAGUUUGAAGUUUCUAAUAGUUUGUUUCACUGUUAGUGUAAGCGUAUCAAUGACCGGUCAAAAAUUCGACCGAGUGGUUGACCGGUCACUUUGACCGGAGCUAAUAACAUUUUAGUUGAUAACAACUUCUGUACUGAACAACAUAUUUUGUCCUGCAAUGAUGAGUUGCUUUCGGUCCGUGUUUCUGACAUUUGUUUGACGAUUUGAAAGCUCUGAGUGGGGAAAUAUUUGUUCGUGCGAAUUUGACAAUGCAAUCAUCUAAACUAUUUUACUCUUAUUUGAAUUGUUGGUAUUUUUUUCUUGCAGGAAAACUUCAGACUUUAGAUCUUUUAUUGAGAAGAUUGAAAGCUGAAAAACACAGGUUUGUACCAGUGAUCUGUUUAUGAAAUUCAUCCGCGUCCUGGAUGAAUCAGCAUUUAUAACAGGGAUGGAUUUAUUGUGGGGGUGUUGCGUGGGGCUGUGCACCCCUCCUGGUGCGUACAAGGGGUUCAUUUGGAAUAGGCAAUAUCCUACCAGCUUUACCAGUACCACCACCUAGGCCCAGAAAAAUGCUGCCCGUAGUUCCCUCAAGUAAUUUUGUACUUGGUCACACCCCAAACCAUAACCAAGGCUUGUUGAGCACCCCCCACCCCCAGCAAAUCUAGCUGGAUCCUCCCCUGUAUUGUAGCUUGGAAAUGUUUGGGUAAUUUUAGACCGCGAUUGCCGGUCGCCUUGUAAUAACAUUGGAUCAAUCAAAGAUGGCUCUCCAUGCCUGGACCUCUUGGAAGAGCAAUUGAGAACUGAUGAAGUUAGUUUAGUGAAGUUGAAUAAUAAAUACUAAAAAUCCUCUGUUCUUAUAGGGUUCUCAUAUUCACUCAGAUGACAAAAAUGUUGAAUGUCCUUGAACGAUUUCUCAAUUAUCACGGCUACCUUUAUGUACGUCUUGAUGGAACUACUCGGGUGGAACAGAGACAGGU